AUGACUCAUCCACCACCUCAUCUGGCUAAUAUGGCGGUGGUGAUCUCAUCGUUAUUAUUCCCUCCGGCGCGAUUGAGCCACCCACGAGCAAUCACGAUCUGCUCUAAAACACCAAAACCAAUGGCGAAAAACCUAAUCGACGGAGAAACCUCGAAGCGUGUAGUCGUAUGCGGAGGAGGCGUAAUCGGCGUUUGCACGGCGUAUUUCCUCGCAAAGAAAGGAAUCGCCGUCACACUCGUCGAGAAAUCAUCCGUCGCGUGUGCCGCUUCCGGUAAAGCCGGCGGAUUCCUCGCAUUCGACUGGUGCGAUGGGAGUCCCGUCGCUCCCUUAGCACGCGCGAGCUUUAACCUCCAUCGAUCCCUCGCCAACGAGCUAAACGGAAUCGAAUCGUACGGAUACAGAGCUCUCACGACUCUCAGCCUCAAAGUGACCGAAUCGAAUUCCGGAUCCGGCGGGUCGGGUUUACCGGCUUGGGUCGACGGCCCAGCUAAAAGCCCAUCGACGAUUGGUACGACUCAAACCACCGCACAAGUGCAUCCUCAGCUGUUCACUCGUACAUUGCUAUCUACAGCGACGGAGAAGUACGGUGUUGAGGUUGUGAUUGGGAAAUUGGAGGAGGUGAGAGUGGAAUCAGAGCGAGUUGACUCGGUUGUGCUUGAAGGUGGGCGAGUUAUCGAUACUGACUCGGUGGUUCUUGCGAUGGGUCCAUGGUCUGGUAAAUUCGAGAUGCUUUCUUCGAUUUUUAGGGUUUAUGGAACGAAAGCUCACAGCAUUGUAUUGGAGCCGAAGGAGCCAAACGCUAUAACACCUCAUGCUCUCUUCUUAACCUAUCAUCCUUCUCAUGGUGGUGAAGCUUUGGACCCUGAGGUUUAUCCUCGUCCCACAGGUGAAGUGUAUGUGUGUGGAAUGUCAUCGCAAGAAGAAGUACCGGACGAUGCAGAUGAGGUGAGAUGCAAUCCUGAAUCGAUUGAGGUUCUUAAGAGAGUGGCGAAAACGGUUUCGAGCUAUCUAAAUGAAGGAAACGCUAUAGUGAAGGCAGAGCAAGCUUGUUUCUUGCCAAGCACGGAAGAUGGAAUCCCUGUGAUCGGAGAGAUUCCGGGAGUCAGGGGUUGUUAUGUAGCCACGGGGCAUAGUUGCUGGGGGAUUCUUAAUGGUCCGGCCACUGGUGCUGCUCUGGCGGAGCUUAUUGUAGACGGCGUAGCCACUAGUGUUGAUCUUAGCCGGUUUAGUCCUUCCCGGUUUACCAAACGAAGAGGAAAGGUUUAG